AUAAUAAUAAUAAUAAUAAUAAUGGGAAAAAGAGGAAACAACCUGAUUUAAUUACAAAUGAUAUUCCUAUAAUAGAAGAAUUAAAAGUUAAUAUUGAUGCUCCUAUAUAUAAGGGAGAUGUUAUGUUAAUUGGUUAUGAUAAAUUUAUUGCUAUAAAAUGUGCUGCGGCUCAUGCCUUUGGGAAUACUUUAUCAUAUAUUAAUAAUAAAGAUACUUUAAUUAUAAUCUUUAAACAAUUAACUAAUUAUUUAAAUGCUAGUCAUGCUACAUCUCGAAUGACUUGUUCAUUAAUUCUUGAAGAAUUUGCCAAUUGUUUAAAGAGUCGAGAUUUAAAUCCUCUUGAUAUACCUAAUAUUCAAAUAUUUAAUGAACCAAUUCUGAAUAUUCUUCAAACUCCUGAACAAUUACCUCAUUUCCGAGAAUUGGUUCCUACAUUAAAAUCAGUUAGAACUUCAUGUUUACAAUUACUUGAUAUUUUUAUAACUAUUGCUAAAGUAAUUCCUAAUAAAAUUCCUCAAUUACCGGUAGUUGUUCAAGGAGAAAGUGAAGCAGGUCCAGGAGCAUUUGGAAUUGAAAUUGCUGAGAAAUUAAUUAAUGAACAAUUUGAUAAAUUAAAACGGAAUUUAUCAGCUGCUGCUAAAAUGACAGCUAAUCAACCAUUAGAAGAUGCAAAACAUCGAAUAAUUAUUGCUAUUGAAGAAGCUAAAUUAGCUCGUAAUAAUCGUAUUACUGGUAUAUUAGCCUCAUAUUCUGCUGCUUCAGUAGCCUUAUAUGGAAUUCCCAAGAAAUUAAAUCCAGUUAUAAGAUCAUUAAUGGAUAGUGUAAAGGAAGAAGAAGUAUAUUUAUUACAAAAGAGAUCUGGUCAUGCAGUCUCUCGAUUAGUUGAAGAAUUAAAUAAAUCAGGUAAAAAAGGUGCUAGUGAAAAGAUUGUUAAAAAUUUAUGUGCAUUUGUAUGUGUUGAUACAUCUGAAGUACCUGAAUUUCAUCAUAAUGUAUCAUUUAAGGAUAAUAUUUUAUCAUUAAGAAAAGAAGAAGCUAAAACUGAUCCUGCUGAUAUAGCAGCUCAUGAAAAAUCUGUUCAUAUUGCAAGAAUUAAACGUAAUGGUGCAAUAAUUGCCUUAGAAGCUUUACUUAAUACUUAUAAAUCAAAUUUAUUUAUACAAGUUCCAAAAAUUAAAGAAAUUAUGAUUGAACCAUUAAAACUUUUAAGUAUAUCUUCAAGUGAAGAAAUAAUUGAGGAUGAAUUAAAAGGUCAAAGUAUUAUAGAUGCUUUAGGAGUUGUACGAGCUUUAUUACCUAAAAUGGAUAAAGCAUUACAUAAUGAAAUAGUUGAAAUGUUACCAUUAUUAUUACCAGGAUUAAAAUCAGAUUAUUCAGUAUUUAGAUAUUCAACAGCAAAAUGUCUUGCCACUAUAUGUUCAGUAACUCCAACUCGAGCAUUUACUUUUUUAGUAAAACUGGUAUUACCUAUGUUAAAUAAUGCCUUAAAUAUUAAAGAAAGACAAGGAGCUAUUGAAACUAUUUAUCAUGUAUCUUCAACUAUGGCUCUGGAUAUUUUACCUUAUAUAGUAUUUUUAAUUGUUCCAGUAUUAGGUAGAAUGAGUGAUUCUGAUCAAGAUGUUAGAAUCUUAGCUACAACCACUUUUGCAUCAAUUAUUAAAUUAGUUCCAUUAGAAGCAGGUAUACCUGAUCCAGAAGAUAUGCCAGCAGAUUUAUUAAUUGGUAGAGAUAGAGAACGAGAUUUUAUUCAACAAAUGAUGGAUCCAACCAAGAUUCAAUCAUUUGAUGUUCCAGUAACUAUUCGAGCUACUUUAAGAAAAUAUCAACAAGAAGGAGUUAAUUGGUUAGCAUUUUUAAAUAAAUAUCAUUUACAUGGAAUCUUAUGUGAUGAUAUGGGUUUAGGUAAAACUUUACAAACUAUUUGUAUUGUAUCAUCUGAUCAUUAUUUACGAGCAGAAAAUUAUAAAUUAGCUCAAGCCCCUGAAUUUAGAAGAUUACCAAGUUUAGUAGUUUGUCCUCCAUCAUUAACGGGUCAUUGGGAACAAGAAUUAAAUCAAUAUGCUCCAUUUUUAAAAGUAUUAGUUUAUGCUGGAGGUCCGAGUGUUCGAAUCCCUCUUCGAUCGAAAAUCCCCGAUGUCGAUAUAGUUGUAACAUCUUAUGAUGUUUGUCGUAAUGAUGUAGAAUUUGUUUCAAAUUAUGAUUAUAAUUAUUGUGUCUUAGAUGAAGGACAUAUUAUAAAGAAUGCUGCCUCUAAAUUAACUAAAUCAGUUAAAAGAAUUAGAGCUGAACAUCGACUUAUAUUAUCUGGUACUCCAAUUCAAAAUAAUGUAUUAGAAUUAUGGUCAUUAUUUGAUUUUUUAAUGCCAGGAUUUUUAGGUACAGAAAAGGUAUUUCAUGAAAAAUUCGCUAAACCUAUAGCCGCAAGUAGAAAUAGUAAAACUUCAUCAAAGGAACAAGAAUUAGGAGCUUUAGCAUUAGAAGCUUUACAUAAACAAGUAUUACCAUUUAUGUUAAGACGUUUAAAAGAAGAUGUUUUAUCUGAUUUACCUCCAAAAAUCAUUCAAGAUUAUUAUUGUGAAUUAAGUGAACUUCAACGGAAACUUUAUAAAGAUUUUGCUAAGAGUCAAAAGGCAUCAGUUGAAGAAAAUAUUUCAAAAGAAGGUGAAACUGAAGCAAAAACUCAUGUAUUUCAAGCUUUACAAUAUAUGAGGAAAUUAUGUAAUCAUCCAGCAUUAGUAUUAUCACCAAGUCAUCCAAAAUUUAGUGAAAUAAUGAUAUAUUUACAACAACAAAAGUCUGAAUUAAGAAGUAUUGAACAUGCACCUAAAUUAUUAUCAUUAAAGACAUUAUUAUUAGAAUGUGGAAUUGGAGUUCAAGAUAGUGAUUAUUCAGGAGGAAUUAAAUAUAAAUCAAAGAAACAACAACAACAACAAUUAAUUAGUUCAGAAGGAGUAAUAUCUGAACAUCGAGCAUUAAUAUUUUGUCAAUUAAAAGAUAUGUUAGAUAUUGUAGAAAAUGAAUUAUUAAAAAAAUAUUUACCAUCAGUUACAUAUAUGAGAUUAGAUGGUAGUACAGAUCCAAGAGAUAGACAAUCAAUUGUUAGAAAAUUUAAUGAAGAUCCAUCAAUUGAUGUAUUAUUAUUAACUACAAAAGUUGGAGGAUUAGGACUUAAUUUAACUGGAGCAGAUACAGUAAUAUUUGUUGAACAUGAUUGGAAUCCAAUGACAGAUUUACAAGCUAUGGAUAGAGCUCAUAGAUUAGGACAAAAGAAAGUGGUUAAUGUUUAUAGAUUAAUUACUAAAGAUACUUUAGAAGAAAAAAUUAUGGGAUUACAAAAAUUUAAAAUGAAUAUUGCUAAUACUAUAGUUAAUCAACAAAAUGCUGGUUUAGCAUCAAUGGAUACUAAUCAAUUAUUAGAUUUAUUUGAUGUGGAUGAAUCAGCUACAAGAAUUGUUGAAGAAAAAGAAAUAGAAUCAGAGAAAAAAGAUGGUUCAAGUACUAAUACUGGUAAUGGUCAAGUUCCUGAAGAUGUAGGAGCUGGAGGUCUUACUGGUAAAGCAGCAGGAGCUGUUGGAGAAUUAGCUGAACUUUGGGAUGCUUCACAAUAUGAAGACGAAUACAAUCUUGAUAAUUUUAUUAAGAAUUUAAAGUAGUAAGUAGAUUUAUAUACUGUAUAAAGUGUACUUAUAGUGUAUUAUAUAUUAUAUUAUAUAUUAUUAUAUUAUUAUAUUAUUA